AUGGCUAGUGAGAGUAGCGAUGAGGCAUGUGCAGCCACGCUGGCCCCAUCGGCUGAGGCAGAGCCCGCAACAGGGGACCCCUCUCAUUCAUCCCUGGAUCCACAUGUGGAUUCAGGGGAGAUUUUGGAGAAGCACAGGGACCUGGCCGAGGGCCCGGGGCCCGGCUCUGAGGACGCCGCACCAGCACAGGGCCCAGACCAAGGUGCGGCCAAGCAGGAAGGAAACAACGAUAUCCUUGGGCUCUCCUUCCCAAGAAAGCUGUGGAUGAUAGUGGAGGACGAGGCCUUCACCUCUGUGUGCUGGAACAACGCGGGAGACACGGUGAUCAUCGAAGCAGGUCUCUUCCAGAGGGAGAUUCUUCACCGGAUGGGAGCAGACAGGAUCUUCGAAACCGACAGCUUGAAGACUUUCAUCUGCCAGCUGAACCUCGGGGCUGUCACCUUCCAUUAG